GCUCCCUCCAGGCUUCAGGGCUGGGAAUUAUGGAGGAGGAUGGGCUAGAGACGCCCUUUAGUGGGACCCAGGGCAGUCAGAGGGGCACUGUGACAUUUCUCCAGCUGCUCCCCAGCAGAGAUAAAAGGCUCUCUGAAACCUGAGGGUAUUGCCCUUUACCCUAGGUAGGGCAAGACCCUCAGACUGUCCAGUGCCCACAAGGCAGGAGAGGCCACAAAUUUUUAACUAGACCCAUUAAUCAUUAAUAGCAGGUAGAAAGGAGUCUAAACUCAGCCUUGCUCAGGGCUGUAGCACAGCUGGGCCCCAGGCCUCCUAUGGAGAUGCUGGGCCCCCGGGUCUGGGCCUCUGUGAAACAGGGGCUGAGCAGGGGCCUAUCCAGGAAUGUGAAGGGCUGGGCCUCAGGGGAUGGGAGGAAGGUGGACAUUGCAGGCAUCUAUCCCCCUGUGACGACCCCCUUCACUGCCACCGCAGAGGUGGACUAUGGGAAGCUGGAGGAGAACCUGUACAAAAUGGGCACCAUCCCCUUCCGAGGCUUUGUGGUCCAGGGCUCCACUGGCGAGUUCCCCUUCCUGACCAGCAGAGAGCGCCUGGAGGUGGUGAGCCGCGUGCGCCAGGUCAUACCCAAGGACAAGCUCCUGCUAGCCGGCUCCGGCUGCGAGUCCACUCAAGCCACAGUGGAGAUGACUGUCAGCAUGGCGCAGGUCGGGGCGGAUGCUGCUAUGGUGGUGACCCCUUGCUACUUCCGUGGCCGMAUGAACAGCGCUGCCCUCAUUCACCACUACACCAAGGUUGCUGACCUCUCGCCAAUCCCUGUGGUGCUGUACAGUGUCCCAGCCAACACGGGGCUGGACCUGCCUGUGGAUGCAGUGGUCAAGCUUUCCCAGCACCCGAAUAUUGUGGGCAUGAAGGACAGUGGUGGUGACGUGACCAGGAUUGGGCUGAUCGUUCACAAGACCAGCAAGCAGGAUUUCCAGGUGUUGGCCGGAUCGGCGGGCUUCCUGAUGGCCAGCUAUGCCUUGGGAGCUGUGGGGGGCGUGUGUGCACUGGCCAAUGUCCUGGGGGCCCAGGUGUGCCAGCUGGAGCGACUCUGCCUCACAGGGCAAUGGGAAGCUGCCCAGAAGCUGCAGCACCGUCUCAUUGAACCCAACGCUGCGGUGACCCGGCGCUUUGGAAUCCCGGGGCUGAAGAAAACCAUGGACUGGUUUGGCUACUAUGGAGGACCUUGUCGCGCCCCCUUGCAGGAGCUGAGCCCUGCGGAGGAGGAGGCUCUGCGCCUGGAUUUCAGCAGCAAUGGCUGGCUCUGAGGGCAAGCGGAGUACGCUGAGGCCUGCGUCAUCUCAGUCUCCUGCCUGGUCCCAUAGCCUUAAGAGGAGCAGCAAGCAUGGGGGGGGGGGGGAGGCUCCUCUUCCACUUUCUCCUCCAGGUGGCUUGUACUAGGCACCUCCAUGCAAUCUGCUUUUCUCAGAGUCUGUGACUCUCACAUUYGUAUCUUAGAUGCUGAGUCUCUAGAGACUUUCAGACUAGGAAGGAGCAGUCUUGGUCUUUUUACUGUGGAUGUUUUCCUCUGUCCCAAGUCUCAUAAACUAGGGAGCCCAUGGGAAGGGCAGGGGGGCAACUGGACAGUAUGGACAACUACUUAAAUUGGAGUCUACGAACCUGAGUCUAGCACAAUAUGGCUGGAAGUCAGGGCUAUGCCUAAGCACCCAAGUUCUGAUUCCUUCCAGAGGAAGUACCAGGUUAGAAAACCUGAACAGGAAGGUGUCGCUGGUCUUUGAAAGGCUCCCAAGCUGCAUUCUAGCCACAAAGCCCUUUCCUAAAUCUAUUUUCAUUCAUUUCAUAUUCUUSUCUCUAGCUUUGAUUUCCAUCACUGAGUGCCCAGUGGCUUAUCAGAUUGGUAAACAAUGACACCUGGUGGACAAACAGGGGUCUGCRUUCAUUCUAGAAAACAUUCUGACCAGCCCAGUUCUGAAACACUAGGGAGAGGGACUUGCUCUGAGACAGGGCUAUCCUCUUGUCUAUAGGCAUCAUACUUUUUUCAGGGGGGGGGGCAGUACCGGRGACUAAACCCAGGGCAAGUGUGCUACCACUGAGCUCCAUCCUCAUCCCCAACACCCUACUUUUAUUAUUAAAAAGAAUCACUUUAUUACUAUAAUAAUGUUUUAACAAGUGAAACCAAUGUGGCUAUGUACUAGGUUUCCUGGUCAGAUGUAAAGAACCUUCCUGGAGGAACUCGAGUCCUUAACUGUCUGCCUUUCACAAUACUGAGCAAAGAGCCAUUAGAUCUGUGGUGGCCUAGGAACUCUUCAUGAUUUCAAAUGGGAGACUAUAAGAGUUGAAAGGGUGCAAGUAAAAUAUUUAGAAACACCAAAAUCAUAGAGGGUGCUUUCUUCAAAAUGUUUAACGCUUUUCAGUGGUUAUAUAUGGAAAACCAAGUACUUUUUAAAAAUUACUGACAAUAACCUUCAACUGAAACUGGCCAUCUGAUGUCAUUCAAGCUUGAAGCUUUGGCUGCUGGGUUUCUCACAGGCACCUUCUAGAGGAGUUGGGCUCAGAGAAUUGGGUUUARGGUUGAGGGGAAAAUGUAAGGGCUAGGGAGGAAGGCUGGUGGAGGGACCUCUAUUGCUUCAAUAUGCCUGGCUUUAAGUGCCCAGUCCUUAYUGCUCCUAGUGUCCGUGGGACCUUGUGGAAGCCGCCUACCUUCCCUGAGCAUCUGUAAUACAGGAUAAUAAUCAUACCUUCCUCCCAAGACUGAGUAACAGCARGUAUGUAAAGGGGUAACACUGUCUUGUUCCCGGUGACUUAAACACUCAGGGGUCACUCCAGGGGACUGGGCUGCA